AUGAAUUAUACAGCAGACGAUCUAAAUGCAGACGUCACAACUGCGCUUUUCUUUAACACCGUGCUACUGCUUUUAUACCUUUUUCUUGGACUUGCAGGCAACGCAGUGGUUUUGUAUAUCUAUACGUGUCGAAUGAGAAGGACAGAGGAAAGAUAUUUCAUUCCAAUACUAGCCGUUGCUGAUAUUUUGGCAUGUUUAUCUGGUGUUACUCUCGGAGUGGUAUCUAAUUUUCACAGAGCGCAUUAUACGCUGGAUACGUUUUGUAAGGUGGGGUACUUCCUAACGUGGAUGACGACGACGGUGUCUGGAAUAAUCAUUCUCCUAAUCGCCCUCAAUCGUCACCUAAUGAUCUGUCGUCCCAUCGGUCCUCAGCUGACCGUCGCCAGGAAAAGAAGAGCAUUCAUAGUGAUAGUUAUUUUUUCGGUUGUGUCAUCAGGACCCAUGCUUUACUUCUUGGGAGAAAGAAGCUUUCCUUUUGUGUAUAAAGGUCAACUUAUUAAUGCCACCCUGUGCACUUUGCGCUUUUCUGAUGGCUUACUGUAUAAGCUACAAUUAAGCUAUUUCAUGAUUGAGAUUUUUCUAGCUUUACUAAACAUGGUUAUAACCUGCGGACUAUAUAUACCAGUUGGUGUUAAGAUAUAUAAGAGAUUUAAACAAUCCAGUCGUAGGGUCAAUAAUUCAAGACGAGCAAAGCAAGAUACCACAGUUCAAAGUGAUUUUACAGCGACCUCAAAUAACAUGGGUAAAAUUUAUAUAGAAGAAAGUGAAUUUGAAGAAUCAGUCUUUUCGACGACGGUGUCAACAGUGAGAAAUUCGUCGAACAGCAUCUCACUGUGCAGCAAAUGUAAGUCGAAUCCAAAUAAGGAUAAUAAGCGGGAAGAACGAGACACAUCAAUAAACAGGAAGAAAAGGGUGAAACGGAAACAAGUGAGACACAAUUUCACAAUGAUGUUCGCUACUAUCAUCAUCUUCUAUAUCAUGGCCUACCUUCCAACUUUGGUGUUGAUGAUGCUUCCCGGAAAUGACCCUGCACGAUUUUGGUUUUCCAGAGAUCCGAUAACUUUUAACAUCCUCGUUUUCCUACAGAGAGCUUUCUUGUUGAAUAACAUUGUGAAUGCUUUCGUUUACAGCUACUUUGAUAUAUCUUUUAGGAAAGAGGUGAAGAAAAUUCUUUGUUGUUUUAGAUGUUUCUAAGCACAACAAUUAUUUCGUUACAUAUCAAUCGUGAUUGGUAGUUCAGAGCAUCUGAACCAUUUUAAAAUGUUUAUGAACAUUCGUCAACAAAUCAAUGUACUAUACAACCUUUCAUUAGGUCGAAUGCUGUUUGAAGUGCUUGGUACCAAUUGUUAGGCCAUUCUUGACAUACUGGUUUUGACUACGGAUUACUCUGUUUACCUCAUUAAGAUGUCAGUCUUAGGUUGGGUAUGGCCGGUCAACAGGAAAUGUUUCAUCUCCCAAUAUGCACCUGAUCUCACUUCCGGUGUGUCCAGGAGUCCUUGUGUGCCCUAAUCUUAAUUUUGUAUUCUCAAAAGUAUUUACGAGAUUUAUUUACUGUUAAUUAUCUUCAAUUGUAUUUUAUUUGAUUAAAACAAUUAUCUUUUUUUUAAAAUGGUGAAAUAAAGC